UGCUUCAAAUAUUCAUCACUUUUAUUCCUCGCCAAGGUUUUCUUUUCUAGAUGAAGAGGACUGGGAGGCAGGGCUAUUGGAAGGAGAUGCUGAAUAGAAAGAAAAGAGAGGCACUUGACAGCCCAGCCCUGUGAAUGCAGAGACUGUUUCCCUUCUAGCGAGAGACAGGGAGAGUGUGUGUGCGAGGACUGGGAGGGAGGCUCCCCUUUCCUUUUUAUUCGGCCUCUCCCUCCCCCUUUGAAUCUGCACGUCCAACCAUGAGUUGCCUGUUGAUUUCCCUUCGCCUGGGAAGAAAAGCAAACUGGAAUUAAACUGCUUGGAGAGAAGUCUUUGCCCGCGGGGAGAGGAUGGGAUGGUAGCGGAGGCUACUGGCUUGGCGUAGAGAAAUCAGAGAGUGUGUUCUACGAACAGAGGAGAAGAUUUAUCUCUCUAUUUCCCCCCUCCCAAUAGACACACACAGCAAUUGCUGAUCAGGCUGUGGCUUUCUUGAUUUCGGGGGAGAGCCUUUUCCGAGGAAGAGAGGGAGGAGCCUGGUGGGGAGAGGAAACUACAAAUCGGGACACUAGUUCUUUACGCUGCAUUUCCUCCCCUCCCUUUGGCUGCUCGGAAAGGAGAGAGAGGAAAAAAAAUUACGCUUGGCUGGGAGAUGCAGUCCGCCGCCGCCGCUGCCUUAGCCAGCAAUGCAAGAUUAGAUCUCUAAAUGCAGCAAAACACUGCCUGAAAACAGACCAGCCCGCGCAGCAAGCAGACAUUCCACGGUGCGCUGGGGAAGCUUCAAAAUAUAUCUGUGACUCUGUCUUCGUUGCUCUUCAUCCCUAUCAAUUUCAUCAAGGGAAGCGAGCAGCAAGUAAGAAUUUCACUUUCGGAUCUGCCUAGAGACACACCUCCCUGCUCCCACCCUCACUCGAUGUGAAGAGUAUUCCGGAGGCUCCGGGCGGGAGUAGAUUUGCAGCACCCUAGCGGGAGCGAGGAAAACCUACUGAUUCUUUAGAUCAUUAUCAUCUCUCCCAGACGAGAUUUCCUUCUUAUCGCCUGCUUCAUCGCUCAAGUUUGAGCCUCCCGAAGUCCAGGCGGGAGAGACGAAACCCCUGGCUCGCCCCCAGCCGCAGGAAGCCGCCGCCUUGCUCCAAGCCCCUGCAGCUCUGCUGCACCGCAGCUUCUCACCCAGUGCGGAUGCUGUAGAUCAACAGGUUCAGGGAACUUGAGCGGAAUAAGGAGAGACCACCGGGUGCCGCAGCUCGGGUGCAGAGGGAAAAAAGGACCCAUAGACUUGUGGCUCGCGUCGCGCGCGCACUCUGCGCCAGGGCCCCAGGCUGGCGCGCACUGCCUCGCUGGCCCCUCCAGUCCGGCUGCUCCUGCCCCCACCUUACAGGUCUGGGAUGUACCUUUCCAUCUGUUGCUGCUUUCUUCUAUGGGCCCCUGCCCUCACUCUCAAGAACCUCAACUACUCCGUGCCGGAGGAGCAAGGGGCCGGCACGGUGAUCGGGAACAUCGGCAGGGAUGCUCGACUGCAGUCUGGGCUUCCGCCGGCAGAGCGCGGCGGCGGAGGGCGCAGCAAGUCGGGUAGCUACCGGGUGCUGGAGAACUCGGCACCGCACCUGCUGGACGUGGACGCAGACAGCGGGCUCCUCUACACCAAGCAGCGCAUCGACCGCGAGUCCCUGUGCCGCCACAAUGCCAAGUGCCAGCUGUCCCUCGAGGUGUUCGCUAACGACAAGGAGAUCUGCAUGAUCAAGGUAGAGAUCCAGGACAUCAACGACAACGCGCCCUCCUUCUCCUCGGACCAGAUCGAAAUGGACAUCUCGGAGAACGCUGCUCCAGGCACCCGCUUCCCCCUCACCAGCGCACAUGACCCUGACGCCGGCGAAAAUGGGCUCCGCACCUACCUGCUUACGCGCGAUGACCACGGCCUCUUUGGACUGGACGUUAAGUCCCGCGGCGACGGCACCAAGUUCCCAGAGCUGGUCAUCCAGAAGGCUCUGGACCGAGAGCAACAGACUCACCAUACGCUCGUGCUGACUGCUCUGGACGGUGGCGAGCCUCCACGUUCCGCCACCAUACAGAUUAACGUGAAGGUGAUUGACUCCAACGACAACAGCCCGGUCUUCGAGGCGCCAUCCUACUUGGUGGAACUGCCCGAGAACGCUCCACUGGGCACCGUAGUCAUCGAUCUGAACGCCACAGACGCGGAUGAGGGUCCAAAUGGCGAAGUGCUCUACUCUUUCAGCAGCUACGUGCCCGACCGCGUGCGGGAGCUCUUCUCCAUCGACCCCAAGACCGGCCUAAUCCGUGUGAAGGGCAACCUGGACUAUGAGGAAAACGGGAUGCUGGAGAUUGACGUGCAGGCCCGAGACCUGGGGCCUAACCCUAUCCCAGCCCACUGCAAAGUCACGGUCAAGCUCAUCGACCGCAACGACAACGCGCCGUCCAUCGGUUUCGUCUCCGUGCGCCAGGGGGCGCUGAGCGAGGCCGCCCCUCCCGGCACCGUCAUCGCCCUGGUGCGGGUCACUGACCGGGACUCCGGCAAGAACGGGCAGCUGCAGUGUCGUGUCCUGGGCGGAGGAGGAACGGGCGGCGGCGGGGGCCUGGGCGGGCCCGGGGGUUCUGUCCCCUUCAAGCUCGAGGAGAACUACGACAACUUCUACACGGUGGUGACUGACCGCCCGCUGGACCGCGAGACACAAGACGAGUACAACGUGACCAUCGUGGCGCGGGACGGGGGCUCUCCUCCCCUCAACUCCACCAAGUCGUUCGCGGUCAAGAUUCUAGACGAGAACGACAACCCGCCUCGGUUCACCAAAGGACUCUACGUGCUUCAGGUGCAUGAAAACAACAUCCCGGGAGAGUACCUGGGCUCUGUGCUAGCCCAGGACCCCGAUCUGGGCCAGAAUGGCACCGUAUCCUACUCUAUCCUGCCCUCGCACAUCGGCGACGUGUCUAUCUACACCUAUGUGUCUGUGAAUCCCACAAACGGGGCCAUCUACGCCCUGCGCUCCUUCAACUUCGAGCAGACCAAGGCUUUUGAGUUCAAGGUGCUUGCUAAGGACUCCGGGGCACCCGCGCACUUGGAGAGCAACGCCACGGUGAGGGUGACAGUGCUAGACGUGAACGACAACGCACCAGUGAUCGUGCUUCCCACGCUGCAGAAUGACACCGCGGAGCUGCAGGUGCCGCGCAACGCUGGCCUGGGCUAUCUAGUGAGCACCGUGCGCGCCCUAGACAGCGACUUCGGUGAGAGCGGGCGCCUCACCUACGAGAUCGUGGACGGCAACGACGACCACCUGUUUGAGAUUGACCCGUCCAGCGGCGAGAUCCGCACGCUGCACCCCUUCUGGGAGGACGUGACGCCUGUGGUGGAGCUGGUGGUGAAGGUGACCGAUCACGGCAAGCCCACCCUGUCUGCAGUGGCCAAGCUCAUCAUCCGCUCGGUGAGCGGAUCUCUACCCGAGGGGGUGCCACGGGUGAAUGGCGAGCAGCACCACUGGGACAUGUCGCUGCCGCUCAUCGUGACUCUGAGCACUAUCUCCAUCAUCCUCCUAGCGGCCAUGAUCACCAUUGCCGUCAAGUGCAAGCGCGAGAACAAGGAGAUCCGCACUUACAACUGCCGCAUCGCGGAGUACAGCCACCCGCAGCUGGGCGGGGGCAAAGGCAAGAAGAAGAAGAUCAACAAAAACGAUAUCAUGCUGGUGCAGAGUGAAGUGGAGGAGAGGAACGCCAUGAACGUCAUGAACGUGGUGAGCAGCCCCUCCCUGGCCACCUCCCCCAUGUACUUCGACUACCAGACCCGCCUGCCCCUCAGCUCACCCCGGUCGGAGGUGAUGUAUCUCAAACCGGCCUCCAACAACCUGACUGUCCCUCAGGGGCACGCGGGCUGCCACACCAGCUUCACCGGACAAGGGAAUAACGCAAGCGAGACCCCUGCCACUCGGAUGUCCAUAAUUCAGGUAGGAGACUUUUAG